UAAGAACUGCUUCUGUUCACAGCACAGAGCUGAGCAGCGUCUUGAAGGAAAUUUACGAGGGCCUGAGAUAUUUCAGGAGCUCGCCGGCCUAUUGGUCUGGGGUGGAAUCUACUUCCAUAAACAGGGCCCCCAAGAUCUGCUGAGCCAUCAGAGCACAACAUAUAUAUCCUCUUUAAUUUUUCUGUCUCUGAGGCUAACCGGUCUUCCACUUCUUCUUCUAAGUGUGCGAUACCAUCUUCUUCUUAAUAGGUGAGCUUCAACCCUCUGAACUCUCUCUGUAUGUAAAAGACAAAGACACAAAACUAAAACAUAUCAAUGCAUGGGUUUAAAUGAUUCAAGAAGCAAAUGUUGAUAUGAAAGGAGAAAAGAAAAUCAAAAAUGAGUUUGUGAGGUAGAGAUCAUGGAAUUCAGGACUGAAGCGACAUGCAGACAUCAGGGGUGCUUGAUCUUGUUUACUCAGAUUUGUUUGCUCAGACAGACUUUUCUAUUGAUAUUAAUGAGCAAAUACAAUUUAUGUCACGUGUCUUAAAACAUAGUUAGGAAUUAGCAGUUAAAAGUUGCAUUUUUAGUGUUUAAUUUACUUUUUGUAUUAAGGAUCUUGUUUUCUGAUACUUUUGUUUUGUUUUGUUAGUUUAUUCAAUCUAUAAUGACUAAUGGAAGUCUUUAAAAUUUUAUGAAAUUAUUUUUUAUUUAAGUAAGGAUAAGUUAUUGAGCUGGAUUUACUCUCUAGAAAACGGUUUUAAAUAUUCAUUUUAUGCUGGAAUGUGCAUUGUUUUGAACUGUACAGUGUUUAUUGUUGUUUGUUGCUGUAAAUAGUGAUGUACUGAAAUAUGCAAACAUAUUUUCUUUCCAGUUAAACAUGUACAGAGACCAGUAUAAUGAAUGAUGUGUAAUUCUAAAUAUUAUCUUCUUUGAUUGACAAUGUCUAAUGGCGUCUCUUUGCCACAGCUGGUUUUAUGACCCCUAGUGACCUCAAAUCAAGUGUCAGAGGGUACAAAUCCAAAUGUUGCGCUGAACUUAAACUCUUUGCGGACUGAGCUUAAUUUAUUUACAAUCCUCCAGUCAAAUCUAAUAAAUAAUUUCUGUCCUGUGCAGGGUGAAGACACACUAAACCGUCAAAAUGUCAGAAAAAAAGAUGACCUCCAGCCGCAGGCAUACACUCAAGAGCCUGGUGCUUUCCAUUGCCUUCAAUCUGCUGGAGGCUGAAACCAAACAGGCUGUCAUCGAUAAGGAGGCUUACAUGAUCGAGAACUGCCCUUCUCUGGAUUUGCCAGGAUCCACACAAGAAUUGCAGGAACUGUGCAAGAAGCUGCACCAACAGAUCGACAAGGUUGAUGAGGAGAGAUAUGACAUGGAGGCCAAGGUUGCCAAGUCAAACAAAGAGAUCGAUGAUCUGAAGAUCAAGGUGGUCGACCUGAAGGGCAAGUUCAAGAAACCGGCGCUGAAGAAAGUGCGUAUGUCUGCAGACCAGAUGCUUCAGGCUCUUCUGGGGUCCAAGCACAAGGUCUCUAUGGAUCUUAGAUCUAACCUGAAACAGGUCAAGAAGGAGGUCAAAGAGGAGAGCGCGGAACAGGUUGGUGAUUGGCGUAAGAACAUUGAGGAUAAGGCGGGCAUGGGCGGCAGAAAGAAGAUGUUCGAGUCUGAGGCUUAAGACGUGUCAUGUUUAUUCUUCCAUAUGUCUUAAUAUUUCUCUGGCAACAUCUCUCUGUCCUGUGAACUCCCCCGUUUAAAUAAAACUUUUUUUCUUCUG